CGUUGCCUAUUUCCUUAGCUCCAUAGAUGCUGCUGCACCAUAACACAGUGGGUCAGGCAGCAUCUGUGGAGAACAUGGAUAGGUGACGUUUCACAGAGUGCUGGAGUAACUCAGCGGGUCAGGCUGCAUCUGUGGAGAACAUGGAUAGGGGAAAUCUCAGCUAUGGAACAGGGAUCCCGACCUGAAACGUCACCUAUCCAUGUUACAUAGAAACAUAGAAAAUAGGUGCAGCAGGAGGCCAUUCGACCCUUUGAGCCAGCACCGCCAUUCAUUGUGUUCAUGGCUGAUCGUCCCCUAUCAAUAACCCGUGCCUGCCUUCUCCACAUAUCCCUUGAUUCCACUAGCCCCUAGAGCUCUAUCUAACUCUCUCUUAAAUCCAUCCAGUGACUUGGCCUCCACUGCCCUCUGUGGCAGGGAAUUCCACCAAUUCACAACUCUCUGCGUGAAAACGUUUUUUCUCACCUCCGUCUUAAAUGGCCUCCCCUUUAUUCUAAGACUGUGUGGCCCCUGGUUCUGGACUCACCCAACAUUGGGAACAUUUUUCCUGCAUCUAGCUUGUCCAGUCCUUUAAUAAUUUUAUAUGUUCUCCAGAGAUGCUGCCUGACCCGCCGAGUUACUCCAGCACUCGGUGCUUAACAGCACCUGCAAUUCCUCAACCAGCUUUCCCACGGGAAUUGAGUCUCUGCACAAUUCCUUUUUUCCAGGAACAUUCCGCGUCUAAAAUGGACCGCCCAAAUAAAGCAAAACCAUUGAACGUCACGGGCAAGAAAAAACACAGAAAGAAGACGAAGGUAAAACAAACAGAGAGCAAAGAGGUGAAGCUGGAAAAGGCGGCAAGGGAGUUCCAGAGGAACGGCAGUGAGUACAGACCCUUCCUGGAGCGCAUGGACAAGUGGCUGAAAGCACAUCACCAGCAGGCCAUGCAACUCUUCUGCAAAUACGACAAGGCCGGCAACGGCUUGCUUCAGUACGACCAGUUCAAACUGGGAAUGCGGGACUUGAAGAUUCCUUGUGUAGAUGUUCAGCUGCACGUCCUGGCUAGACUGCUGGACCCACACAACAGCGGGACCAUCGACUAUGUGGAACUAGGGAGCGGUCUUGACAAAGCCAGGCCAGUACUCUCAGGUCUUUUGAGGUCCAUUUGCGAGGGGAAUGAACUUAGAGGAGCAUUUUUGUUUUUUCCCCACAGUCCACGGGACAUUGGGAGAGCAGCCGACAGGAUCAAAGUCCUCGAUAGACAGAUAUACACAAAAUGGCGGAGUAACUCAGCGGGUCAGGCAGCAUCUGUGGAGAACAUGGAUAGGUGACGUUUCACAGAGUGCUGGAGUAACUCAGCGGGUCAGGCAGCAUCUGUGGAGAACAUGGAUAGGUGACGUUUCACAGAGUGCUGGAGUAACUCAGCGGGUCAGGCAGCAUCUGUGGAGAACAUGGAUAGGUGACGUUUCACACAGUGCAGGAGUAACUCAGCGGGUCAGGCAGCAUCUAUGGAGCUAAGGAAAUAGGCAAUGUUUCGGGCCGAAACCCAUAAGGGUUUCGGCCCGAAACGUUGCCUAUUUCCAGAAGGAUUUCGGCCCGAAACGUUGCCUAUUUCCUUAACUCCAUAGAUGCUGCUGCACCAUAACUGAGUGGGUCAGGCAGCAUCUGUGGAGAACAUGGAUAGGUGACGUUUCACAGAGUGCUGGAGUAACUCAGCGGGCCAGGCAGCAUCUGUGGAGAACAUGGAUAGGUGACGUUUCACAGAGUGCUGGAGUAACUCAGCGGGUCAGGCAGCAUCUGUGGAGAACAUGGAUAGGUGACGUUUUGGAUCGGUAACUUUCUUCAAUCUGAAGAAGGGGUCCCGAGGGCGGUGAAUCUGUGGAAUUCUUUGCCACAGACGGCUGUGGAGGCCACAAGUCAGUGGAUAUUUAGAUUCAGCAGAGAUAGAUAGAUUUUUGAUUAGUGCGGGUGUCAGAGGUUGUGGGGAGAAGGCAGGAGAAUGGGAUUGGGAGGGAGAGAUAUUUAAGAAGGAACUGCAGACGCUGGAAAAAUCGAAGGUCGAUAAAAAUGCUGGAGAAACUCAGCGGGUGAGGCAGCAUCUAUGGAGUGAAGGAAUAGGUGACGUUUCGGGUCGAGACCCUUCCGGGUCUCGACCCGAAACGGCACCUAUUCCUUCGGGGUCUCGAGACCCUUCUUCAGACUGAGAUAGAAUGAGGGAGAGAUAGAUCAGCCGUGAUUGAAUGGCGGAGUAGACUCGAUGGGCCGAAUGGCCUAAUUCUACUCCAAUUCCAUAUGAAACUUAUAAGCGAUGCUUUCUUCAUGCAGAGAUUGACAUUCUAUGCUUUCAGGCACGAUCGGAGCAGCAUUGAGGAUGAAGACAAUGAGGAGGAUGAGGCGGGAGCAGGGGAGGGGGGCGAUGGUGGGCCAACAGAGAGCGGCUCCAGGGAGGAGGACACAGCCGGCGGGGAAGAGGGACCUUCUCUGGUGAUCACCAAGGAUGAGCUGACUCGUUGCCCCUGCUGCCGCCUUGGUGUGUGGACCCCUCUCCGAGUGUCUGAGGCCAGGUACAUCUCGCUCAGUCUCCGCAUGGUCAGCUUCAACGGCCUGAAGUCCCACCCUGGCCACUUCCACCGCACGGUGCCCGCUCACACCAAGGUCCACGGGCUGAUCGGCCAGAUCCGGGGCCACACCGGCAUCCACAGCACCAGCCUGGGCAUCUACAGGGAGCCGUCCACCUGCCCGCAGUCAGCCUUGCCCGCCCAACUGUCCCUGGAGGAAUGUGGAUUCAACGGUGGGCCCCACCACUCCCCCACCUCCGCCUUCCUCUACUACGAUUACAGCGUUGAGUUCAGUGACUGCCCGAUACUAAACUGCGACCACUACAUCAACUUCAGGAAGCUGUGACACUGGUCCAGGUGUUAUUGCCACCGAGGUACAGUGAAAGGCAUUGUCCUGCACGCUGCCCAAACACAUCAGGUCUCCUGUCUCCUCAGAUCCUGGUGAACUUCUACCGCUGCACCAUCGAGAGCAUCCUUACCAACUGCAUCACAGUAUGGUAUGGCAACUGCUCUGUCUCCGACCGGAAGGCAUUGCAGAGGGUGGUGAAAAUUGCCCAACGCAUCACCGGUUCCACGCUCCCCUCCAUUGAGUCUGUCCAAUGCAAGCGUUGUCUGCGGAGGGCGCUCAGCAUCGCCAAGGACUGCUCUCACCCCAACCAUGGACUGUUUACCCUCCUACCAUCCGGGAGGCGCUACAGGUCUCUCCGUUGCCGAACCAGCAGGUCGAGGAACAGCUUCUUUCCAGCGGCUGUCACUCUACUCAACAACGUACCUCGGUGACUGCCAA